GUAAAGUUACGUGCUCUUAUUUAUGUAUCUUAAAUAUAAAAUAAAAUAUUUUUAUUUAAAAGUAUCUCUGAGUAAUAACUUCGGGUCUUGUGCAGUUUUUUUUAUAUAUUAGGUAAAGGUUCCUUUGUUAAUUUUAUAUAAGUAAUUAGAUUAUACCAAAGAAAUCAUGUUUGCUGAACGAACCUCGCCUACAAUAGACACAGAUGAAUCUAUGUCGUCAACAUCAUCGACAAGAGGUGCUGACGAACGUCAGAGCGCGUCUGAUUCACUAAACAGCUUGAUCGAAGGAAAGAUUGAAGAGCCCUGUUUAGAAGUCAAAUGCUCCCUGGCUGACCAUUGCCCUGUGACUUGUGAAGAUAAUCCGAAAUCUUUGAAAGGAAAUAGGAAAUCUAUUUGUUGCAAUACUGUGGCGCAGUGCGUAUGGGGUGUGUUACUACUCUUCAUCUCCAUUGGUGGAUUUAUAUUUAAGCCAUUGGAUUUCGUACUGAAAGAAAAAUUAAAUAUGAGACCAGGCUUCCCCCCAUUCGAGUGGUGGGCAGACCCUCCGGAUGAAGUGAAGCUCCGCGUUUAUGUAUUCAAUGUGACCAACCACGAUCGAUUCAUGUCAGGCUUAGAUGAAAAAAUAAACAUGGAAGAAAUCGGACCCAUAGUAUAUUUAGAGAAGCUGUUACAUUCAAAUAUAGUGUUUAAUGAAAAUAGUACAAUGACGUAUACGGCAAAGCGGUACCCCAUCUAUCUACCCAACGAAAACACAGUUGACCUCAAUGCAACUUUAUAUGUACCAAACUUGGCAUUAUUGGGCAUGUCUUCGUAUCUGCACAGCGCGAAUUACUUUGUACUGACCGCCUUCCGUUUGAUGGUCACCACGCAUGGUAGCAAGUUCUUUUUGAAGAAGACUGUCUAUGAAUAUUUAUGGGAUUACAGAGAGCCUAUUUUGGACACCUCUAAGAAUAUGGCUCCGGGCUUAGUUCCUGUUAAUAACAUGGGAAUGCUAGCUAGAAUUUACGCUGACUUCACAGACGAGGUUACAGUCAAAAUUGGUCAGCAAUGGAGCCACGAGGAGUUUUUCCAAAUAGACAGAUUUCGAGGAGAACCACAGUUACCCAGUUAUGAUCCUAACGAGUGUCCAGAUAGAAUUUUUGGUUCAUCCGAAGGUGUUAUGUAUAGGCAACAUCUUACAAAGAAAGACGUCGUGCUUUAUUGGAGAAAAACCGUGUGCAAAUUAAUGCCUCUUUAUUUUGAUCGUGAAAUGCUGGUAGAUAACGUACCCGUGUAUAGAUACAAUCUGUCCGAGAUUGUGUUCGAGAGAAUCACCAACGGAACUGAUUGUUACGACACUGAGCCAUCGCUACCACCAGGACUGAGCGACGGCUCCAAGUGUUAUUUCAAUUUUCCAAUGGUAGUCUCGUACCCACACUUCUACACAGGGAGACCACCGAGAGACCAAUACGUGACAGGACUUCAACCAAAUAGAUAUAAGCACAACUCUUAUAUAGUCGUGGAACCUUUAACUGGCACCCCUUUCCGGUCUGUAGCGAGGAUGCAGAGCAACCUGCGAGUCCACGAUAUAUCCCGUUUCAACUCUCCCUACUCUAAGUUUUCUAAUCUGGUACUGCCAUUGUUUUGGGCGGAAUAUAAUCAAGAAGGAUUGCCGUCAAAUAUACAAUGGACAAUUUACUUCAUAGUUGUUAUCCUACCUCCUUUAUCUUAUGUACUCCUAACAUUAUUAUUACUUCUGGGCUGUUACUUUAUAACCAAAAAUAUUUAUAACUAUCAAGUACAAAGCGAAAUGUUGAAUUCCCUGUUACAUUUUAAGAGCAAAAACACAGAAACACUUACAAACAACAAAGUGUUCGCUUAUGAGAAAGAGGCCUUUAUAAAAAAACUUUAGUUAAAUCACUUCGAUUUAUAAGUUAUAUUUUAUUGUACAUUACCUAAAAAAGUAAAGACUGAAUAUUAAUUAAAAAUUAAAAGUAUGGGGCCCAUUAUUAUUAUAGAUUAAAUUUAAAAAAUAAAUAUAUUGUCUAUUAAAAAUAAUGACAUUGUGUUUGGUUCUGAGAAAGUUAACUAGUAGUUAUUAUAUAAAAUACUACUAUUUUUUCACUUUAGGUAGUCAAACUAGAAUUACACUCAAUUCUAAUCUAUUUUUAAUUAUUGUAAAAAUAUAAUAAAAAAUUCCACCCUUAACGCAGCCUAUAGCUUAUGUAAGCUGUACGAAGUCUAAAACUACUAUUAUCUAUUUCAUAGUCUAUAAUCAAUAUUAAAAAGAUUAUUUAUCUUGAAUAAUGAGUCAGAAUUGCCCUAAAUAAAGCAACAAAAAAUUUAAUAUAUUAAUAACAAUCCAAUCGCCUUCGUGUAUUUACCUAUUUUGUCACUUUCAUUUCCACAUGGUAAACUAAGUUAUUUGGUACAUAUCGUCCUUAAACAAUCUUUUCUGCCAAUUGUGAUUUAAAUUAAAAUUGGUUGUUUGCCAUCAUUGAUGCAAAGUAAGGUAGGUGUGCAUAUGUGAGUGUCAAAUUAUUAGUUAAAAUGUAUUUGUGAAAUUACAAAUUAAUGCUUAAUAUUUCUUGCCAAUUCUUCUUGGCUACAAUUACUUCCUGAACGGGUAAAAAAAUAACAAAAAAAGUGACUUAAAACCUACAUCAAAGAUUGCUACUUAAUAAUUAAUAAUACUUGAGGCUUCAUACCCUUAUACGAAUUAAUACAUAUUGAAGAAAGAAAGAAGAAUAAAGUAAUUCUGGCAGUUGCAACUGUGAUCCCUUCAUUUAAGUUUGCAUCAACAAAAUUCAAAAGUUAACUACCAUUAUUAAUUGUUUGUAAUAGUGUUAAAUAAUUGAGCCCUCAAGAAAUUAUGGCGUGAACAUAAAUACCUAACACGCCUAUUCUUUGUUUCUAUAGUAGAUUGAUAUUUUUUUUGAGACAAACUUUUAACAUAUAUUCAGAACUCAAGAUUCGAAAUAUAGUGUUCCAUACGUAUAUUUAGCUAAUAGUAUUUACAUUAAAUUAAAUUUUAAUCAAAUGCAAUUUAUUUAUUAGAUGUUUUUAUCUAAUUUGUGCACGAUAUUAUUAGCUAUUUUGUUGAAACAGUACAAGGGCUAAAAUAUAUUUCGAGCUGGUAACAUAUAUUCAGCUAGUAGUCAUGUUGCCCAAAUGCAAUACGACAAAUAGGCACAUUUGGUUGCCACACCGCCCAUCCUAAAUAGCAGUACGUUGCAUUCGGUUGCAUCCAACUAUACGGCUUCAGCAACUUGACAACUAAUCUAGUGUAUGUUACCAGCCUAACUAACUUAAGGUAUAUUAACAGUCUUAGAUGUGGUGUAUGAACUUAUGGAGGUCUGUAUUUAUUCAAUUAUAUUACUUUCAUAUUAAUAUUAUUUUGCCAGAAAUAUCAGUUCUCUCUAAAAAUAAGUUCAUACCUUUGUGACGAUAUGCUCAAACCAAAAACAAUGUACCUACACCUACUAAGUAAUACGCUAACAUUUUAUUUUUAGUGUAAAUAAACUGUCUGUCAUUUGUAUCAUGCUGCUAGUCCCCGAGCCAGAGGCUUUAUCGUCAAUUCUUUCCUCGCGGUCGAUAACUUCUAAGAUAGUUAUUAUGGGUGUUGUAUUUUGAAGCCUAGUGAAAGUCGGAUCUUGUAGGUAUAUAAAGCUAAGGUAUAGUAUAUACUAAAGUAUAGUACACCACGUUACAGCCAACUGAUUAUUUUUCAUCUUUAAUUAAUAGUUUCAACUAUAUAUAUAUCAACUGAAUUGAUUUUUGAACCACAAUUAUUGUCUUAUGUAAAAAUUUACAUACUUGCAAGGAUGCUUUUCCUGAAGCCAUCCUCAAUUAACUAGGCUUCAUAACCCAAACUAUGAUGAAAUUGACCACCUCUAUACGUUCCUGGCUCGCGGGUCAUAUACUGAGUGGAGUACGUUACGUAUACAGGUAGGCAGGGUUGCCAGCCCUGAAAGUUUCUAUCCCGUACCAAGAAGUGAAAAAUCUUAUAAUUGUAUUGGCAUAAUUUUAUUUUAAUCUAGUAUCUAUACGAAUGGCUUCCCUGUAAAUAGGUAUUUUAUUAAAUUACCCAUUCUUAUUCAAAUAUUGACUGAAAUAUUCAAAAUAUUCUUAUAAUAAUGUAUAAAUAUUUUAUAAUUAAGUUUUUAUUUGAUAUAAAGUAUAAUACUUACCUCAUUUCUAGGUACAAUGGUUUAAUAACAGUUUUGGUACGGCAUGGUAUUAUUAUGAUGUAAUAAUUAUGAGAUAAUGUGGGUGGUAGUACGUAGCUGUGAUCGUUCCUAUAAUAUCUAACUUGCUCAUUUUUAGC